GUCUGGUUUUUUUUAAUUCAUCUUUUCUCUUUUCUUUGUUUUCCCGUGGUAUGCCUCAUUUGUACUCGCAGUGACGUCAAAAGAAUCCAACUUUCCAGAGGUGGUACUCGAUGGCCGCGCAAAAAGUCGUGCUGGUGACAGCCGGUACCGCUGGUGUAGGCGCCGCCGUGGCGAGAGCGUUCGCACCAGAAUUCCGCGUUGUGGUGAACUACGCCAACAACGCAGAACGCGCCCAGAACUUCCUGUCCGAACUCGAGUCCAUCCCCUCGACAUGGGCAGCUUCAUCGGGACCGCGUUUCAAAGCUUUACAGGCAGACGUUGGCGACAAAAGCUCGGUCGAGAACCUUGUCUCGGAAACUGUCAAGGCAAUGGGCCGCCUCGAUGUCGUGAUUUCAAACGCAGGCUGGACGCGAGUGACCAAUUUCUUCGAUUUCAAUGAACAGACCCUGGAGAGCGAUUGGGACAAGUGUUUUGUGUACAACGUCAAGUCUCACCUGUGGCUCUUCUCAGCUGCGAAACCUCACCUUGCUGAGACGGGUGGUGCCUUCGUAUCCACUGCGUCGUUAGCGGGCGUCAAGCCUUCGGGUUCCAGCAUGCCAUAUGCGGUGACGAAGUCAGCACAGAUUCACCUGGCCAAAUGUCUGGCUGUGAUCUGCGGGAACAGUGGCAUCAGGGUGAACAGCGUAAGUCCUGGACUUCUGCUUACAGAAUGGGGUCAGAAGUUUGGUGAGGAGAAGAUCCAGAAGAAUAUCGGCAUGACAAAGCUGGGACGACUGGCAGAGGUGGAUGAUGUUGCCGCACAAAUUAAGACCUUGGCGACGAGCCAAUCUAUAACAGGUCAGAAUAUUGUAAUAGAUUGCGGUACUUCACUAUAGUGUGGAUGUACAAGCGGUCUUGGGAUGGAAAAAUGUAGCUGCUGCUUCAACUGCGAGAUAUAUGUAUACUGGUAUCUCCCAAGACGUGAGCACCCCGUCUAUGAAGAAAAAUGCUAGACCGUCCCCCCUUUUCCCAAAACAAAAAAAAAACUUCUAUGCAGAGCUCUCCCUUGGUGAAG